GCGCAAAAUUAUGAAGUACACAGACGAAAGAGUCAAAAUAAUGAACGAAGUUAUAUCUGGAAUGAAAGUUAUCAAAUUGUACACAUGGGAAGACUCCUUUGCAGAACUUAUUGGCAAUUUAAGACGGAAAGAAAUAAAAGCCAUCUUGAAUCUUUCCAAUCUUCGUGCUGGCUUCAUGUCAUUCUUCUUUAGCUCCUCCGCCUUCAUCAGCUUCUUCACAUUCAUGACGUAUGCAUUAACUGGACACUAUCUCACGCCCCAGAAGGUAUUCACCUGCAUUGCCCUAUUCAAUUCGGCAAGGAUGGUAAUGACUCUCUACUUUCCAAUUGGAAUCACGCUGCUCAACGAAGCGCGGGUAUCCGCAGAAAGAAUGCAGAAACUGCUGUUCAUGGAAGAUUUGAAAAAGCCUGGCAGUUCCAAUCUUAGGCCUAAACCAGCAGAUUGUAGAGUUGAUGUCGAAAAUCUCACUGCAUCUUGGACAGAGGGCGCUACCACUUUGGAAGAUAUCAAUAUGAAAGUUGAAGCUGGGAAGUUAUGCGCAAUUGUUGGACCGGUGGGAUGUGGAAAGUCUUCAUUGCUAAUGGCUGUUCUUGGUGAACUCCAAGCCAAAAACGGGACCGUUGAUGUGAAAGGGAAGGUAUCCUAUGCUUCUCAAGAGCCAUGGGUUUUUAAUGGAUCCCUGAAGUACAACAUUACCUUUGGCCAAGAGUUUAACGAAGAGAAGUAUCAAGAAGUACUCAGGGUCUGUGCUUUGGAACGUGAUAUUCAACUGUUACCUGAAGGUGACAUGACCCUAGUUGGAGAGCGAGGGGUGUCAUUGAGUGGUGGUCAACGAGCAAGAGUCAAUCUGGCAAGAGCUGUCUACAACGAUGCGGAUGUUUAUAUAAUGGAUGACCCCCUGAGUGCAGUAGAUGCAAGUGUUGGAAGGCAUCUAUUUAACGACUGCAUCAUGGAAUAUCUCGCCAAGAAACCCAGGAUCCUGGUAACACACCAACUUCAAUACCUCACUGAUGCAGACCAUAUUAUUGCUUUAUCUGAGGGAAAAUGUAUCGGCCAAGGCACAUUUGCUGAGCUUGUUGACAUGGGCAUUGAUUUUAUGUCUCUGCUUGCGAACGAAGACGAUGUCGAUUCUGCCAUCGAAAGUGAUACAGAGCCUUCAUUUGAAACGAGAAAGAGGCGAUUCAGUCAGCAGCUAAUGUGUGUUGGUGAUGAUUACAAGCCUCGUUCCAAAACAUUGUUAAGACAAGAAAGCUUGUACGUUGAAGAAAACAGAAUGCAGUCAGAGAUAAGCAUUUCAACUGAAACCCAGCAAGUGGAAGUCUACGAAGAAGAUCAUAUUCCUGAAGAAAAGAAACUUGAAGGUGCUGUUGGACUUGAAACUUACAAAAGUUUUAUAAAAUCCGGUUAUGGACCAACAGUAUGGUUUAUGGUUAUAAUGCUGUUUGCCGUUGCACAAGCCUUGUAUCUUUGCGCUGAUUGGUGGCUCUCAUACUGGUCAAAUAUUGAAUCAAAAUACUACUACACUCGAAACGAAGCAGACAAAAACCCAAACAGGACUCGUGACCUUGGCAUUUAUGCUGCCCUCGUUGCAGGACUGGUUAUUCUCGGAUUAACACGUGCUUUUGUGUUCUUUCGUGUCAUUCUUGAGGCUUCUAAAAGUCUUCACGGAAAAAUGUUCAAUAGUAUUAUCAGGGCCCCGAUCUACUUUUUUGACACCAAUUCAAUUGGUCGAAUUUUGAAUCGUUUUUCAAAGGACAUGAGCUUGAUCGAUGACAUGUUGUCCUUCCAGUGUUUUGAUUUCUUGCAGACUGGUCUGGUGGUUCUUGGAAUAGUCAUCUUGGUCGCCGCCAACAACCCCAUCGUAUUUGCCAUCGUUAUCCCCCUGGUGUUUGCAUUCUACUUCCUUCGAAGAUACUACAUCAAAACAGCUAGAGAAGUCAAGAGAAUAGAAGGCUUGCUACGAAGUCCAAUUUACGGUCACGUGUCUACAACGCUGUUGGGUCUUCCAACAAUCCGUGCAUUUGGAGUGCAAUCAGUCUUUGUCGAUAUAUUCUUUAAAGCUCAAGAUGACCACACAAGGUCCUGGUUCGCGUUCUUGUCGUGUGCUAGUUGGCUAGGAUUCCGAUUGGAGCUGCUCUGCCUGUUGUUCAUUGGUUUUGUGGCGUUCAUAUGCAUUGCCGUUGCUGGAUUUGUGCCCGGGCUGUCGGGUGGAGCUGUUGGUUUGAUUUUGGCUUACACGCUGAACGUCUCUGGUGUAUUCCAACAGUGCGUCAGGCAAAGUACCGAAGUCGAGAAUCAGAUGACUUCUGUAGAAAGGGUCCUUGAGUAUUGUGAGAUCGAAUCAGAGGCACCGCCUGUUACAGAAAAGAGGCCACCGGACAACUGGCCAGAGAAUGGCUCGAUCAGUUUCAAAAAUAUGAGCCUGAGAUACGCACCCCAUCUCAAAGACGUUCUUCAUCGCAUAUCUUGCAAGGUGCGACCUAGGGAAAAGGUUGGAGUAUGUGGCAGAACGGGUGCUGGGAAAUCUUCGCUUUUGUCAACGCUGUUUAGAACUGCAGAACCAUCGGGUGAAAUAAAGAUUGAUAACGUCAACAUUUCUGAGCUUGGUUUGAAAGAUCUGAGGAGUAAGAUAUCAAUAAUUCCACAGGACCCUAUUUUGUUUAGUGGAACCAUGAGAAAGAAUCUUGAUCCGUUUGACAGUUACCAAGAUGCUGAUUUAUGGAGAGCUUUAGAGGAGGUCCAACUGAAAGAAACUGUCGCGGCAUUGCCAGGAAUGCUAGACAGUGAAAUGGCCGAAUCCGGACACAAUCUCAGUGUCGGACAGCGUCAACUCGUUUGUUUGGCAAGAGCUAUUCUAAGGAGGAACAGAAUUCUUGUUAUUGAUGAAGCAACUGCAAAUGUUGACCCGAAGACGGAUGCGCUUAUUCAGGAAACAAUCCGUGAAAGAUUCAAAGACUGCACUGUACUGACGAUUGCUCACCGCCUCCAUACCAUCAUGGACUCUGACAGAAUCAUGGUACUAGAUGCAGGGCAACUCAAGGAAUUCAGUGAAGCCUACAACCUCCUUCGGUGUCGUAACUCGCUGCUUUACCAGCUUGUCGCUCAAACUGGUUCUUCAGAAGCCCAGAAGCUAUUUGACAUUGCCAGGAAGAAGUACCUAGAAAGGCAUCCGAACAAGGCAGCGUCAGUAUCAGACAACCCAGAGGAAGAGAUGGGUGCUCUUGAAAACUUGGAGCCGGAUGAACCAGACGAAGGCGUCGAUGUAUCAGUGUCAGAGGAAGAACAAAAGUCUGAAGAGGGUCAGGGGAGUGCUACAAAGAUAAAAGAAGAUGAAAAGAAACAAUCUUCAGAAGGAGAGGCGAAGGAAGAACCAAAUGAUGACGAGAAGACCAAGCUACUGGUUGAGUUCAAGCCCGAAGGCGAUAGUUCUAAUUCGAAGGAUGAUCAAGCAUAGUUUUUAAGUUUGAGUCGUUUUCGCGUCGUAUAGAGCUUUUUAUAUAUUUAUAUAUACCUUUUUAAGCACAUAUAUAUAAUAUAUAGAGUCAUUCAGAUUCGGUGUCUGUUUCUUUUAUCACGUAGGUAGUUGAACGAUAUAGUGUUAGCAAUCUCAUCGCCACGAGAGUUCGUUUUUUGUUUUGUUUUUGUGUCGUAUGUUUACAGGAUAAAGUAUGUUUCUUGAAUGGGAAGUUGUUUUCUUACUUAUUUUGUGAGCCAUUUGUAAGUUGAAGUCAUUUUGAUUGAGGGAAAAUCAUAUAACCCGGUUUUUUGCCUGUGGUAAUAUUAACUUUGUGUGUCAUUCGAUAAGGCUUUAGAUAGGCACAAAGAGAUCAUUAAUACCAAAGCUAGGACUCUAUUGACGAUUGUCACUUACAAAAUGUCUAUGUUCCAUCCAAGAUUCCAUGAAAAUCUCAAGCUCUAAUUCCAGUCCGUAUUCACUGGCUUAUUUUGGACUUUCCCCAUUACCAAUUUGACGUUUUUUGUUGCGAUAUUGUUCCCUGAUUUCAAGACAAUAGUAACAACUGUCUUUGUUCCCAUGCUUGUAUUCGUUUUGCGAUUUCGUUUUUGUAUGCUUUUUUGCUGCAUAGGCUAGAUAUAUUUCUAUGCAUUUAACAUUUCAUAUCUUUAGUGUAGUUAGUCGAAUAUAACAAAUUGGGGACAGUCUUUCCAGUAUUUUAGAUGAUUUAUCACCUUGCAGGUAUUCUAAAUAUUUUUAGCAAAAUAUCACUGAUUUUAAUUGAACAUAUUUUUAAGGUAUUUUGAUUAGCAAUGAGAAAAUAUUUUUGUUUUCAUAGAAUUUUAGAACCUG